CCCUUUCCCCCCGGGCAGCCCGCCCUCCCCCGGGACCCCUUCUGGCUGCACAGCGCGCGCGCCCGGGUUCACUACACGUGGGAGCGCAACACGCCUCCCGCAAUGCAGCGCGCGCCCCGGUGCCGCGCCGUGCGCGCCUUGCUGCGGGGCCGCUACCGGGAGGUGCUGCCGCUGGACACCUUCGUGCGGCGCCUGGGUCCCCAGGGCCGGUGCCUCGUGCAGCCGGGGGACCCGAUGGCCUUUCGCGCCAUGGUGGCCCAGUGCCUGGUGUGUGUGCCCUGGGGCGCGCAGCCAACCCCCGUCGCCCCGGACUUCCGCCAGGUGUCCUGCCUCAAGGAGCUGGUGGCCAGGGUCGUGCAGCGGCUCUGCGAGCGCGGCGCGAGGAACGUGCUGACCUUCGGCUUCGCGCUGCUGGACGGGGCCCGCGGCGGCCCGCCCGUGGCCUUCACCACCAACGUGCGCAGCUACCUGCCCAACACGGUGACCGAGACGCUGCGCGGCAGCGGGGCCUGGGGGCUGCUGCUGCGCCGUGUGGGGGACGACGUGCUCGCACACCUGCUGGCGCGCUGCGCGCUCUACCUGCUAGUGCCCCCCAACUGUGCCUACCAGGUGUGCGGGCCGCCCCUCUACGACCUCUGCACCCCAAGACACGCGGGCCGGACCCUGGCGGGCCUGGGACCCACGCGCCAGGCCUGGAAUGGCGGAGGUGGCGGAGUGGCCGAGGUACCCCCCGGCUGCCGAACAAGGCGGCGGCGGCGGCGGCGGCGGAGCAGCGCAGGGGGAAGUCCGCCUCCGGCCAAGAGGCCCAGGCGUGGCCCAAUCCCAGAGCCAUGCCGGGGCCCAGGCGCCAGCGAUCCCCGCCUGGUGACACCCGCCAGAGCCACCGCGGAAGCCUCGCCUGGGGAGGGAGAGCGGAGCAGGCCCGGGGGUCACUCACCGUUGCGGGGCCGCGAGCGGGAGGCCAGCUGCCCUUUCUCCCGGCCCUCCUGGCCCCAGGCCGCACCUGGUCCACGAGUGGUCGCUGAGACCAGGCAGUUUCUCUACUGCUCCGGUGGCAAGGAACAGCUGCGCUCCUCCUUCCUGCUCAGCUCUCUGCAGCCCAGCCUGACGGGGGCCCGGAGGCUAGUGGAAACCAUCUUUCUGGACUGGAAGCCCCUGCAGCGGGGGGCUCCCCGCAGGACGCGCCGCCUCCCCGCGCGUUACUGGCGGAUGAGGCCCCUGUUCCAGGAGCUGCUGGGGAACCACGCGCGAUGCCCCUACGGCGCGCUGCUCCGGGAGCACUGCCCGCUGCGGGACCAGGCCACUCCGGCCACCCCAGCGGCGGCGGCGGAGGAGGCGGCCGUGGGGUCCAGCAAACUGGGGUGCAGUGCAGUGGGCAUCAGAGCCCCGGAGGAGGACACUGGCCCGCCGCGCUUGGUCCAGCUGCUCCGCCAGCACAGCAGCCCUAAGCAGGUGUACGCGCUGCUGCGGGCCUGUCUUCGCAGGCUGGUGCCUGCACGCCUCUGGGGCUCCAGGCACAACGAGCACCGAUUCUUGAAGAACGUGAAGAAAUUCAUCUCCCUGGGGAAGUUCGCCAAGUUCCUGAGUCAGGAGCUGACCUGGAAAAUGAAAGUGCAGGACUGCGCCUGGCUGUGCCAAAGCCCAGGUGGUCGCUGUGUCCCAGCCACGGAACACCGACUGAGAGAAGCGGUCCUGGCCAAGUUCCUGUGCUGGCUGAUGGGCACGUACGUGGUUGAGCUGCUAAAGUCGUUUUUUUAUGUCACGGAGACCACAUUUCAGAAGAACCAGCUCUUCUUUUUCCGGAAGAGCGUCUGGAGCCAGUUGCAAAGCAUUGGAAUCAGACAACACUUCGAUAGGGUGCAGCUUCGAGAGCUGUCGGUAGCCGAGGUCAAGCAAAACCAGGAAGCCAGACCUGCUCUCCUGAUGUCCAGACUCCGCUUCCUCCCCAAGCCCCGCGGGCUGCGGCCGAUCGUGAACAUGGACUACGUCGUGGGAGCCAGAGCAUUCCAUGAGGACAAGAAGGUGCAGCAUCUCACCUCCAAAGUCAAGACGCUGUUCAGCGUGCUGAACUAUGAGCGAGAGCAGCGCCCUGGCCUCCUGGGCGCCUCGGUGCUGGGCAUGGACGACAUCCAUAGGGCCUGGCGUGCCUUCGUGCUGCGCAUGCGGGCCCAGGACCCAGUGCCUCAGCUGUACUUCGUCAAGGUGGACGUGAUGGGUGCGUACGACGCCCUCCCUCAGGACAGGCUGGUGGAGGUGAUCGCCAACGUGAUCAAGCCCCAAGAGCACACAUACUGCCUGCGCCAGUACGCUGUGGUCCAGAGAACUGCCCAUGGACGCGUCCGGAAGUCCUUCAAAAGACACGUGUCCACCUUCACAGACCUCCAGCCUUACAUGAAACAGUUUGUGCAGCAGCUGCAGAAGACGAGCUCGCUGAGGGAUGCCGUGGUCAUCGAGCAGAGCUGCUCCCUGAAUGAGGCCAGCAGUGGCCUGUUCGAUGUCUUCCUGCGCCUGGUGUACAACCACAUCAUAAGGAUCGGGGGCAAGUUUUACAUCCAGUGUCAGGGGAUCCCCCAGGGCUCCAUCCUGUCCACCCUGCUGUGCAGCUUGUGCUACGGAGACAUGGAGAGCAGGGUGUUCCCUGGACUUCAGCAGGAUGGGGUGCUCCUGCGUUUAGUGGACGACUUCUUGCUGGUCACGCCUCACCUGACACAAGCGAAGGCCUUUCUCAGGACCCUGUCCAGGGGAGUGCCUGAGUACGGCUGCAAGGCGAACUUGCGGAAGACGGUAGUGAACUUCCCCCUGGAAGACGAUGCCCUGGGCAGCACGGCCCCCCUGCAGCUGCCGACCCACUGCCUGUUCCCCUGGUGUGGCUUGCUGCUGGACACGCGGACCCUGGAGGUGUUCUGUGACUACUCCAGUUAUGCCCAGACCUCAAUCAGAGCAAGUCUCGCCUUCAGCCAGGGCUUCAAGCCUGGGCGGAGCAUGCGUCGAAAGCUCUUUGCGGUGUUAAGGCUGAAAUGUCACAGUCUGCUUCUGGAUCUGCAGGUGAAUGGCCUUCAGACGGUUUGCACAAACGUUUACAAGAUAUUCCUGCUGCAGGCCUACAGGUUCCAUGCCUGUGUGCUCCAGCUCCCGUUUAACCAGCACGUUCGGAAGAACCCAUCGUUUUUCCUCCACGUCAUCUCUGACACUGCGUCACGCUGCCACGCCCUUCUGAAAGCCAAGAAUCCAGGGAUGCGUCUGGGGACCAAGGGCGUUGCAGGCCCAUUUCCUUCUGAAGCCGCUAGGUGGCUGUGCUUUCACGCCUUCCUGCUGAAGCUGUCUUGCCACAGCGCCACCUACAGGUGUCUCCUGGGAUCACUCCAGACUGCCCUAGCGCAGCUGUGCCGGCAGCUCCCGAGGGCGACGCUUGCCACCCUGGAGGCCGCAGCCGACCCAACUCUGACCACAGACUUCAGGACCAUCUUGGACUGAUGUCCAGUCAGCUUCUCACAGGCCCUCGAGCUCAUUUCCAGCUGGUUCCACCCAUAGGAUCUGGCCUCUGUGCCUCGAGACCCCAAGACCUGUGCUGCUGGCUGGGCUGCUCCCCGAAGGGGGUCAGCUCCCAAGUCAUCGAGGAAGCAGAGCCCACCCAACCUCAACCACACCCCACCCCACCCCACCACCACUUUCUAAUGACAGGUUUGUUCUUCAGCUGCCCGCUGCCAGGAGGAGGCAGGUACGAGAGCCUGGUUGGGGCGUUGGCAUCUGGCAGGGAAGCAUCAGGGACCUUUGUUACCCUCCUUGCUGCAGGGUCAACCCUAGUUUGCAGGGAUAGCUCACGUGUGGUGGGUGGGUGUGACCUCCUUCCUGCUGAUCAGCUGUGACUCAAGCUGUCCACACCCACUGGAGCAGCAUUCACCCAGCUGACCCCCCAGCUGCAUCCAAAGUCCAUAUCUCGAUGAACUUGCCCAGAAGCAAAGGGCCCAGUCAGCUGUUUGAGCCCAUUCCCCACUGUCCACGCCCACGCUUCUGACCUGUGUGACCCCAUGCCCUGCCCAGGCCUCCUGGAGCCAAGCAUACAGCACCCCCCACCCACUUGCCACUUCCACUUCCGGAGUUUUCUGCUGGCCCCACUCAGCACACAGCCCGUGGCCCCUCCUACACUACCUUCUGCCUCCAUGGAUGGGGUGAGAGCUGUGAGAGAAGAGCCUUUGUAUAUUUUCUUAGUUUUUCGAUAUUUCUCUUAUGUUUGUAUUAAAAUAUGUACCACAUAAGUACGAUUAUCUAUAUAAACACGAAUAUUGAGUUGAUGUGCAUGGCCCUGUGGUUUGGUGGGGCCUGGAGGGUCCUGGAGUGGAGAUGUGGUGGGAGCGAGGGAGGUGGGUAAAUGGGAAGGGCGCCCUCACAAGGCAGGUGCGGCAUGCCGGUGGGCGGGAAGGCCCCAGCCCAGCACCCUCCCCUGCCGACGGCUGACUGCACUGGCUCAGCUUGGAGGUGACCUGGGAGCUCUCGAGGCAGCAGAUUUCUACCUGAGCUCUGGGUUUCGGUGCUGGAACAAUACCUACUUGGGGUCCUGUCCCCCGAGUUUAUAGUUCAGGUCUUGGGUGGGAUCUGAGAAUUUGCACUUUUACCAAGUUCCUGACACUGCUGGCUGGUGGGGUGGCGGCCCCAAACAGAGCUGGUCUUGGGGCAUUUCUAUGCAGUGGCUCGGAGAGCAGACAGCAGCUUGCUUGGUCCAUGGUCAGGAGUUGGAGGAUGUGGAGGGUGAGGUUAUGGGGGCAUGGUGAGGCCACCUGGGAGAAAUGACUGGCACCUGGAGGAACUUGCGUGGGGAGGGGCAGUCUGGGGCCUUGGUGAUAGGGAGGAGGGGCUCUGGUGUCAUGCCCCCCACAUCCCUGAUCUGAUGCCCACUUCUGGGCCCACCCUGUCCUCCAGUCCCUGUGAGGAGCCCCAGUGAGCAGGGCUUGUCCUCGUAGUGGAGGUAUCAUCAGGAAAAGGAGCUGGAGUUAGGCCCUCAUCCUUGUGGAAAUUACCCCUCGGGUGGGAGACCCACAGCAUGCCUGUCUGGACCUCUGUGGGGGCACGCUGUGCACCUGUGGGCCUUGUACAGACAGCUGGAAGGAUUGCACCAAGAACAACAGAAAGGGGUGGCAGCUCAGAGGAGGUGUCAUUGGAAAGUCCCCACCAGGGCAGUUGGCUCUGGGGUAGAGUGGUGAGCAAGUUGGAGGCUUCCUUCCGGAUGUCCCUAAUGGGGCCAUAAAACGUGACAGGUGCCGCUGAGAGUACCUGGGAGGGGCUGCGUGCAUGCUGCGGUCGAAGUUUAUGGAUAUUGCCUUGUUUACUGCUACUGUGGCGAGCGUUCAAGUAUCUGGGCGAUGUGUUUAUGGCUGACCCAAGUCCACCUCGUGCAUCGUAAAUGCCCAGGAGAAAUGAGCAGCGAGAGGCUGAGCCCCACCCGGGGCGCCGGCCUGCAGUGCCCUCACUAUCACAAACACGGGAGGACUGACCCUCAGCCCAGGGUGGAGGGCACUCAGGGCAGGUAGGACAGGGCCCAACCGGGCCCUGCAGGCGCCUGAGACAGCAGAUUUUAACCUGAGCUCUGGGUUCCUUGGUGCUUGAACCACACAUAGUUGGGGUGCUGUCCCCCCAAGUUUGUAGUUCAGCAAGUCGGGUGAAACAGGCACCUGAGCUGACCCUCGCUGGCCACCCCGGGCGUUUCGGGCAUUUCCAUAGCAGACUGGGUCCAGGAGGUCAGCGAUGGCUCCGUUAUUCGUCUUCUAGAAGCUGUAGAAUCUUGCUCUCUAGGAAAUACACCCCGGGGCAGCUUCACUCAGUCACGUGCAUCUUUACCCAAGUGUUAAGCCCUUGAGAAGGGCCCAUGCUGUGGUCAGGCUUUACUCACUGAGAAUUUCUGAUUUAUCUCUCUUUUU